AUGGCUACCCACGUUGUGACUGCGACUACUACUGCCCCUGCUUUCACUGGCAAGCAAAUCUCCGUCUACGGCCAUCCCUCUCCUGUCAACUCGGCUGAGACUUCUCCCGCAAAUAACUCUCCUACCUCUCCUCGCUAUCAGCACUUGCCGCUUCAGUCGAAGCAACUUCGUCCCCUCAAGGGCCCUCUCUACGUUCCUGCUGCCUUGCGCCCGACUGAGCGUCCCCAGAAGGCCUCUUCUCCCCCGACUCCUCCCCGCAGCGUUCACGGUUCUCACGGUUCUCUCGACAGCCUGAACGAGGGCGAAGUUGGUGCACCUGUUACUCGUCGUUCGACCAUGGAGAGCUACAACAGCGGUCCUGCUGUCAGCAAGCUGGCAGAGGAUGAAUGGAUGAAGAAUGAGCACCUGGGUGAGGUCACUGGUCUUCCCACUCGUGAUCACUGGAAAGCGGACUCUGCUUCUCCCAAUUGCGACUCUCCUACUUGCCGCUCCUCUUUCGGUCUCUUCCUUCGUCGCCACCACUGUCGCCAUUGCGGCCAUGUCUUCUGCUCCUCUCACACUCCUCAUGUCGUCCCGCUUGAUCAGAAUGCUCGCUUCCACCCCGACGGAGUUCCCUCCCGCGCAUGCGAUCUCUGCUGGAGCGCCUACCAGCGCUGGGAGGAGUCUCGCACGGAGCGCUUGAGCAAGAUCCAGAGCCUGCUUGAUGCCCAAAGCAGAGCCUCCGACAGUGACAAUGAAGAAUACAAUACCGCCUCCGACCGCUCGGAUAUCUCGCCGGACGAGAAUGCGAAGCCCGCCCUGACCGGAGUGUUGGCACAGAGCACCGAGAUCGCCGCCAGCGUCCCUCGUGGCUGGAACUGGAGCACUUUUUAA